CAGAAUCUGCUAAAGAAACAUCAAGCUUUACAAGCAGAAAUUGCUGGGCAUGAACCCCGCAUCAAAGCAGUGACACAGAAGGGAAAUGCCAUGGUGGAGGAAGGCCAUUUUGCUGCAGAGGACGUGAAGGCCAAACUGAGUGAGCUCAACCAGAAGUGGGAGGCACUGAAAGCCAAAGCCUCCCAGCGGAGGCAAGAUCUAGAGGACUCGCUGCAGGCCCAGCAGUACUUUGCCGAUGCCAACGAGGCUGAGUCCUGGAUGCGGGAGAAGGAGCCCAUUGUGGGCAGCACCGACUAUGGAAAGGAUGAGGACUCUGCUGAGGCUCUGCUCAAGAAGCAUGAAGCUUUGAUGUCUGAUCUCAGCGCCUAUGGCAGCAGCAUCCAGGCUUUGCGAGAGCAGGCCCAGUCAUGCCGGCAACAAGUGGCCCCCAUGGAUGAUGAGACCGGGAAGGAGCUAGUCUUGGCUCUCUAUGACUAUCAGGAGAAGAGCCCUCGUGAGGUCACCAUGAAGAAAGGGGAUAUCCUCACCUUGCUCAACAGCACCAACAAGGAUUGGUGGAAAGUGGAAGUGAAUGAUCGUCAGGGUUUUGUGCCAGCUGCAUAUGUGAAGAAGCUUGACCCCGCCCAGUCAGCCUCGAGGGAGAACCUCCUGGAAGAGCAGGGCAGCAUUGCGCUGCGCCAGGGGCAAAUCGACAACCAGACACGCAUAACUAAGGAGGCCGGCAGUGUAUCUCUGCGUAUGAAACAGGUGGAAGAACUGUGAGUAGGCUGAGAGCCUCGCUGAGCCCCUGUCCACUGCUCCACCUGUCCAUUCUCCCUCUGCCGCUUUUCUCCAAAGCACUGUCCAUUCAGAAAAAGGUGGUGCAAGGACUCGCCACAUCA